ACCCACAGCAGGAUCCGAGAGAGUGAUCUGACAGCUUCUGACCUGUGUUGAUGAUGAUGAUGGAGAUGCAGUAUAAUAAUAAUAAUAAUGCAUACGGAGUGGAUGAGUACAUGUUACAGGACGACGAGUGGGACCGAGAUCUCCUGCUGGACCCUGCGUGGGAAAAACAGCAGAGGAAGACGUUCACCGCCUGGUGUAACUCUCAUCUGCGUAGAGCGGGAACUCAGAUCGAGAACAUCGAGGAAGACUUCAGGAACGGUCUGAAGCUGAUGCUGUUGUUGGAGGUUAUUUCAGGCGAGAGACUCCCCAAACCCGACCGAGGAAAGAUGCGCUUUCACAAAAUAGCCAAUGUGAACAAAGCUCUGGAUUACAUCACCAGCAAAGGUGUCAAACUGGUGUCUAUCGGCGCUGAGGAGAUUGUUGAUGGGAAUGUGAAGAUGACUUUGGGAAUGAUCUGGACCAUCAUCCUCCGCUUCGCCAUUCAGGACAUCUCUGUGGAGGGUAACACACACACACACACACGCACGCACGCACGCACGCACGCACGCACACUCAUACUUGUUAUUGUGUGUUGUCUUUUAGAAACCUCGGCUAAAGAAGGGCUCCUGCUGUGGUGUCAGAGGAAAACUGCCCCCUACAGGAAUGUCAAUGUACAAAACUUCCAUUGCAGUUGGAAGGAUGGUUUAGCAUUCUGUGCGCUCAUACACAGACACAGACCCGACCUGAUCGACUACGCCAAACUCAAGAAGGACGAUGCUCUUGGAAAUCUGAAUUUGGCUUUGGAACUCGCAGAAAAACACUUGGACAUCCCAAAAAUGUUGGACCCAGAAGACAUCAUCAACACGCCGAAGCCCGAUGAGAGAGCCAUCAUGACAUACGUGUCGUGUUUCUACCACGCGUUUGCUGGAGCAGAACAGGCAGAAACAGCUGCGAACCGGAUCUGUAAGGUGCUGGGUGUCAAUCAGGAGAAUGAGAAACUGAUGGAGGAGUACGAGCGACUGGCCAGCGAGUUGCUGGCGUGGAUUCGUCAGACGACGCCCUGGCUGGAGAACAGAUCUCCAGAAAACACCAUGACCGCCAUGAGACGCAAGCUGGAGGAUUUCAGGGAUUACCGCCGCAUGCACAAACCUCCCAAAGUUCAAGAGAAAUGUCAACUGGAGAUCAACUUCAACACAAUACAGACCAAACUCCGCAUCAGCAACAGACCGGCGUUCAUGCCAUCAGAGGGAAAGAUGGUGUCUGACAUCACGGUGGCGUGGCAGGGUCUGGAACAGUCUGAGAAGGGUUAUGAGGAGUGGUUGCUCAGUGAGAUCAGACGUCUGGAGCGUGUGGAGCAUUUGGCUGAGAAGUUCCAGCAGAAAGCCGCCACCCAUGAGGGCUGGGCUAAAGGAAAGGAUCAGCUGUUAAGUGUGAAGGAUUAUGAGAAAGCAUCUCUGACAGAAGUGAGAGCGUUGCUACGGAAACAUGAGGCUUUUGAGAGCGACCUGGCAGCACACCAGGACAGAGUCGAACAAAUCGCAGCCAUCGCACAGGAACUCAAUGAGCUGGAUUAUCAGGCUGCAGGUGUGAUGAAUGAACGCUGUCAGUGGAUGUGUGAUCUGUGGGAUCAGUUGGGGACUUUGACUCAGAAGCGUCGAGAAGCUCUAGAGAGGACAGAGAAACUUCUGGAAACCAUCGAUCAGCUCUUUCUGGAGUUCUCUAAGAGAUGCGCUCCGUUUAUUAACUGGAUGGAAGGAGCCAUGGAGGAUCUUCAGGACAUCUUCAUGGUUCAUUCAGUGGAUGAGGUUCAGAAUCUGAUCUCAGCUCAUGAUCAGUUUAAAGUGACUCUACCUGAAGCGGACAGUGAGCGUCAGGCCAUUCUCAGUGUUCAUAAUGAGGUGCAGAAGAUCGCUCAGAGCUACGGCAUCACCAGCAACCUCACCAACAUCUACUGCAACAUCACACCUGCAGACAUCAACCAGAUGUGGGACAAGGUGAAGAAGUUUGUUCCUCAGAGAGACGGCACACUACAGGAGGAAGUAUCCAGACAGCACAUGAAUGAGAAACUCAGACGUCAGUUUGCUGCUCAGGCCAACAUCAUCGGACCCUGGAUUCAGACACGCAUGGAGGAAAUCGCUCACAGUUCAGUGGAUUUGGGCGGAGCUCUGGAAGAUCACAUGACUCAACUGAAACAAUAUGAACACGUCAUCAUUAACUAUAAACCAAACAUCGACAAACUAGAGGGAGAUCAUCAACUCAUCCAAGAGUCACUCAUAUUCGACAACAAACACACCAACUACACUAUGGAGCACAUCCGUGUGGGAUGGGAGUUACUGCUGACCACGAUCGCUCGCACCAUCAACGAGACGGAGACUCAGAUUCUGAUGCGGGACGCUAAAGGCCUCAGUCAACAGCAGCUCAAUGACUUCAGAUCUUCCUUCACACACUUUGAUCGAAAGAAGAAGGGAGGGAUGGAGACUGAUGACUUCAGGGCCUGUUUGAUCUCCAUGGGUUAUGACCUGGGGGAAGCAGAGUUCACACGAAUCAUGUCAUUGGUGGAUCCAAACGGUUCUGGUGCGGUGAGCUUUCAGUCGUUUGUGGACUUUAUGACCCGUGAGACCGGAGACACUGACACGGCAGAACAGGUCGUGGCCUCUUUCAGGAUACUGGCCGGGGACAAGCCGUACAUUUUGGUGGAUGAACUCCGUCGGGAAUUGCCCCCGGAGCAAGCGGAAUACUGCAUCUCCAGAAUGCCCCCUUACGUGGGACCUGUUGGACUUCCAGGGGCCUUGGACUACAUGGCUUUCUCUACUGCCCUCUACGGAGAGAGUGACCUCUAGUGGUCUGGAGUAGCACUGCGCCCCAUGAUUUGAUAUUUUACUUUAAAUCUCACAAAAGCAUAUAACACCCUAAAAUAAAAACAAAUGUUAAGAAAAUAGUGUUGUUUUGCACUACAGCAAUGACAACCUGGGGAAAUGUAAAAUCAUAAGAAUGAUGGAAACUUCAAUAAACUUUUAAACUCUAAUUUCCUAUUUCUUUCCUUUGUUUAUGUGGUGCAAUAUGAGACAAUUAAGGUCUAAUGAGAAACAUUUACUCUGUAUACAGAUUAUGCAUCCUAUUAUACAUGUUAAGCCUAAAAACAAAGAAUCUGCCCAGCGAGACAAAAGCCAUUUAGAUUUGAGAGACUCUGUGAAAAUAAUGUUUACUUAAGCAGUUUUAAAUCUUAAAUGUUGCUUUUUGUUUAAGUUUAUAUACAUUGUUUUGACCAAACAACAAAGAUACUUCAUAAAAACGAUGAUUUUUUAAGGAUUGUAAGGCACAAAUUGUCUCAAAUAAACUGUUGGCCCCUGACAGAAAUAAACCUCAGU